AUGCAGAGCUUUGUACGAGCCGGCCGUGUGGCUGCCCGAUCCUCCUCCCGCGUCCUCGCCAGCCAGACGCCGCGAGCCCUCCCGCGAGCACUCGUCGCUAGCACGACUCCGAGCCGCCUAUACACCACCUCUAAGGAUGGAAGGAACUCGUCCAUCUACGCCGCCUUCCUCAACCUGCUGGCCAGUUCCAGCUCCCGCCGCGAAGUCGACCAGUACCUCGGCCAGUUCCGCUCCGUCUCGCCGCACCAGUUCGCUGUCGUCAAGGUCGGAGGCGCCAUCCUGACCGACCACCUCGAGGAGCUAUGCUUUGCCCUCCAGCAGCUGCACGCCAUCGGCCUGUACCCCAUCAUCGUCCAUGGCGCUGGCCCGCAGAUGAACCAGCUGCUGCUCGACUCGGGUGUCGAGCCCGACUUCAUUGACGGCAUACGCGUAACGGACAAGAAGACGCUGGGCAUUGCGCGCAAGCUGUUCCUCGAGGCAAACAUGGACCUGGUCAUGACGCUGAAGAGGGAUUGGGGCGUGCCCGCGCGGCCCAUCACCGCGGGUGCUCUGCAAGCCGACUACCUGGACAAGGAGAAGUGGAAGUACGUCGGAAACAUCACCACCGUCAACAAGAGGCAGAUCAUGGAUGCGCUGGAGAACAAGGAACUGCCCAUCCUGUGCUCCAUGGGCGAGACGCUCGACGGCCAGAUCCUCAACAUCAACGCCGACGUGGCUGCCGCAGCUCUGGCGCGCGAGUUCCAGCCCCUCAAGGUCAUCUACCUCUCUGAGAAGGGAGGACUCUUCAACGCCGAGUCCAAGCUCAUCCCCCACAUCAACCUGGAGGGCGAGUACGACACCUACAUGAAGCAAUCGUGGGUUAGAUACGGCACGAAGCUUAAGAUAGUGGAGGCCAAGAAGCUCCUGGACGGUCUCCCGCGCACGUCGAGUGUAGCCAUCACCCACCCCUCGAACCUCGGAAAAGAGCUGUUCACCCAUACCGGAAGCGGCACUCUUAUCCGCAACGGCGGCAGUGUGAAGGAGACCAGCAAGUUCGAGGAUUUGGACGUCCCUGCUCUGCAAGAGGCUAUCACCAAGAGCAAAGCCGCCGACGCUGCCGAUGCGGUCAACAGAUAUAUCCAGAACCUCAAGACGCGACCAUUUGAGGUCUUCCAUGAUGAUUCCAUGGGCGUCGUUGCCGUCGUUUACCCACCGACUGCCGACGGUGAGUUCGCACAGCUUUCGCACUUCAGCAUGACCAAGGAUGCCUUCCUGAACAACCUGAACGACUUGGUCUUCCAGCGCAUGAAGCAAAAGUACCCCAAGAUGUACUGGAUUGUAGACGACCAGUCGCAAAACUACGUCAAAUGGCACCUGGAGAAGACGGAUGGCUUCCUCCGCCGCGAGAAGGAAGUCUUCUGCUGGUGGGGCGCGGCUGAGUCUUCCGAGAUCUUCUCGCUCCUCGAGAACUACCAGAAGCAGGGUCGCAGCAUGCUCAAGGACAGCUUAGAUGCUCAGUUCCGACGGGCGGCCGACUUUGUUGCCAGUCUGAAGCAGGGCCAGCAGACGCGGGGCUACGCGACCGUUGCUGGCCAAUCUGCAAGGCCUCAACUUAGACAGAACAGGACUCUUCCUGCGUCGUCCCGAGGCUUCGCUACCACUGCAUCGCGCUCAAUGGAUACCACUAACCCCAACCCGCCAUACGGUAUCAAGCACAAGCACAGGGACUACCCUGCCAAGGUUGCACUGAUUGGUGCGCGAGGCUACACAGGGCAAGCUCUUAUCGAGCUGCUUAACAAGCACCCCAACAUGGACCUGCGGCAUGUAUCAUCACGUGAACUUAACGGCAAGAAGCUUGAAGGCUACUCCAAGCGACAGAUCACUUACGAGAACCUGUCACCCGAGGAUGUAAAGAAGAUGGCCGAGAACGGCGAAGUCGACUGCUGGGUCAUGGCCCUGCCCAACGGUGUGUGCAAGCCCUUCGUCGAUGCCAUCAACGAGAGCGGCAAGGAAACUCUCAUUGUCGAUCUGAGUGCCGACUACCGUUUCGACGAGAGCUGGACCUACGGACUACCAGAGACCGUUGACCGCGCCAAGAUCUCCGACGCUACACGCAUCGCCAACCCUGGAUGCUACGCCACAGCUGCUCAACUCGGCAUUGCGCCUCUGCUUGAGUUCAUCGGCGGUCAACCGACCGUCUUCGGUGUCUCAGGCUACUCCGGAGCCGGCACCAAGCCCAGCCCCAAGAACGACGUCAAGAACCUCGAAAACAACCUCAUCCCCUACAGCUUGACAGACCACAUCCACGAGAAGGAAAUCUCACGGCAGCUAGGCACUGAGGUUGCUUUCAUCCCCCACGUUGCAGUCUGGUUCCAGGGUAUUCACCACACCAUCUCCAUCCCCCUCAACCGCACAAUGACAUCCCGUGACAUCCGCAACCUCUACCAGGACCGCUACGCCGGCGAGAAGCUCGUCAAGAUUGUCGGCGAGUCCCCGCUCGUCAAGAACAUCUCUGGCAAGCACGGCGUCGAAAUCGGCGGUUUCGCCGUUCACAGCUCAGGCAAGCGCGUCGUCGUUAACGCUACGAUUGAUAACUUGCUCAAGGGCGCUGCGACGCAGUGCUUGCAGAACAUGAAUUUGGCGUUGGGCUACGGUGAGUAUGAUGGUAUUCCGUACUAG